UGAUUCAUUUUUUCCCAAAAAAAACUCACUGUGCGAGAAGAAGCACAUUCAUAUCAGUAUAUUUACGAAAUCUGCAAUAUCUGAAUGAAUACAUAAGAUUUGCGUGCUCGAUCGCCCCCUUUGUUGUGCUGCUCCAGGGAUUCUCUUUGCGUGAGAUUUUAAAAGGAUCAUCAGUGUGUUUGCUUUCUCUUUAAAAAAUCUUUGUUGAAAAUUGUAAACAAGAAAUUAAGUUGAAUUAAAAUCAACAAGAAUGGAGAAUGUCUACGAAAACGUCAAAAAGGAGCUGAAACCCCAAGCAGUAAAAGAUGCAUUGGAAUUGAUGUGGAGCCGAAUAAAUGAGCCAGAUAAUUUGGAUAAAAUAAAUGGAGCAAAAGAGGAAGCAGGCAACGAUAUGAUUGAGGUCAUGAAAUUGGUAUUUCCACUCGUUGUGGACAUUCAAGUAGAAGCUGUGGGUAAAUUUGGAUUUCCAAGGAAUAAGGAUGGUUUGAGAGAUUUCCUAGUCCGAGCCAAUGAAUUACUUGAAAAUGAUAAAGACAUUUCCGAAAUGUUAAUUCGCAUUCGAUCCAUUUAUCUUCCGUCAUAUGCAUAGUUAACCGUUUAAUGAUUUUUUUGUAAUGCUUUUUUGUAAAUAACAAUAAACACGCAAUUACUUGUUGUAAUAGUUAAAAACACGAUUUUUUUAUUUCAUUAAGCUGAUGAAAAGGACAAAGCUUUUUUGUAUUUUUUGUGUAGUAUGAAAUCCACUCAGAAAAUCGGAAGUAUAUGUUUUUAUAAAAAUAAUAAAAUCUCCUUGUUUUAUACUUCCGGUUUUGAGAUACAUUUGUGUGUAGAGGUAAAAAAGGAGUAUUUUUUGGAAUGGAAAA